AUGUUGAAGAAAACCCACUCAAAUCCUAAAGAAACCAUUCUCCAUCUCAUUUUCGUUCUUCCUCUACUCUUUUUUGUAGUAAACUCACUCAAAAUUCAAGAAGAUGAACGAAGUAUUCUUCUUAAACUCAAGAAAGAAUUUGGAAAUCCAUCAGCAUUGGAAUCAUGGAAUUCGGAUAAGUCUCAUCACUGUAAUUGGAAAGGUAUAGAAUGUGAUAACCAUGAUUCUGUUUCCAAAAUCUUACUUUCACAUAUGGAUAUCAAAGAACAGGUUCCAAAUUUUAUUUGUGAUUUGAAAAACUUAACAGCGAUUGAUCUUUCUGUAAAUAUCAUUCAUUGGGAAUUUCCAGUUUCUAUCUUGAAUUGUUCAAAAUUUCAAUAUUUAGAUCUUUCAUAUAAUCACUUUGCUGGUAGAAUUCCGAAAGAUAUCUAUAGGCUUUCGAAUCUUCAGAAACUUAAUCUGGGAUCGAAUAGACUCUCAGGUGAUAUUCCUUCUUCAAUUGGAAAUUUACCAUUUUUACAGAGUUUAGACCUUUCUUUUAAUUCUUUUAAUGGUAGUUUUCCGCAAGAAAUCGGAAAUUUAUCGAGUCUGGAAGUUCUUGAUAUGAGCAUUAAUGAUUUUUUGUCGUCGAAAAUUCCGACUGAAUACCAUAGACUGAUUAAGCUGAAGACUCUGUCGAUGUCGGAGAUGAUUUUAUAUGGAGAAAUUCCGGAUUGGAUUGGUGAUUUUUCAAAUUUGGAAUUUCUACAUCUCCAGUCCAACAAUUUGAGCGGGAAAAUUCCAGACAACUUGUUUUUGUUAAAGAACUUGAGGUUUUUGAUUUUAGAUUAUAACAAAUUGUCAGGUGAAAUUCCGAAAGAAAUCAAAUGUAUGGAAAUGGAAGAAAUUGAUAUUUCAUAUAAUAUGUUAACGGGUUCGAUUCCUGAAGGUGUUGGUAAAUUGAAGAAGUUGACGCUCUUAGAUAUAUCUGGGAAUCGAUUAACUGGAGAAAUACCAGCAAGUAUUGGUUUACUUCCAUUACUGACUGAGAUUUAUUUUUUGGAAAACAACUUAUCAAGUGAACUUCCCCAAGAACUUGGUUUGCAUUCCAAAUUUAAAUAUCUUUAUGUCGGAAACAACAAUCUUUCAGGUAAUUUACCAGACAAUUUAUGUUUUGGCAGUGAGUUGCAAGAUAUUUUUGCUUCUUCGAAUAAUUUGAUGGGAUCACUACCAAAAACUCUUGCGAACUGUUCUAGUUUGUCUGACAUUGUACUUGACAAUAACAUGUUAAGUGGUGAGAUUCCGUUCGGUAAUUAUCCUAGUUUGUCUAUCGUUUCACUGGGCAACAACAUGUUAAGUGGUGAGAUCCCGGCUAAUUUUUGGUCAUCAACGAAUUUAUCAGUGGUAUACAUAAGCGAUAAUCUGCUUUCUGGCCAACUUCCCGAGAAGCUUAGUGCGAAUCUACUCAUUCUCGACUUGGCAAAUAAUAAUUUUGGAGGUAGUAUACCAGAGAGUCUUGGUUCCCUUCAUGACUUGAAGAUUCUUUCUUUAAGGUCAAACAAAUUUAGCGGGCUAAUCCCAAAAGAGAUUUAUCAUUUGCAAGAACUUCAAAUAUUAGACUUAUCGCGGAACAAUCUCUCUGGGAACAUUCCUAAAACUAUAGGAAACCUGACUGGAUUAAAAAGGAACUCACACGGGCUUGACAAAUAUUAUGGUUACGGAUUCCAGAUGGUAGUCAAAGGCGUCAUGGUACGAAUUCCAAAUGAUAUUCCUGCAAAUAUCGGUGAUUUGUCUACAUUAGAAUCUCUAGAUUUAAGUUCCAAUGAACUGUCUGGAAGUAUUCCACAAUCUUUGGCAACCAUCAACACUCUUGCAGUUUUAAAUAUUUCUUACAAUAAUUUAAGCGGGAGAAUUCCACGGGGGAAUCAAUUUGAUACACUCAGUGUGGAUGGCUUAGCUUUCAUAGGGAACGAUUUAUUGUGUGGAACUCCAACAAAGAAAGUUUGCAAAGGUGAUCGCAAUACUAGUAACCAUGUUGGUGAUCCUGCAAAGGAAGUUGAUGUGGUCGAUCCAGAGGGUGCAGAAGAGAAAUUAAUAGUGUAUGCCAUUGCUGCGUUUGGGUUUAUAGUUGGAUUUUGGGGCUUGUUUUGCGUUUUGCUUAUCCAAAAGGAGAAAUGGUGGUUCCCAUAUUGGAGAUUUAUUGAUUUUAUUGCAGUUAAGGUAGCAAAUUUUAUUCAGAAUAAACAAUUGUGUUAA